AUGACAUCAUUGUAUAAGUUGUUCUCCAUCAUCCUCUCAGAGCUGCAGGUAAAGGUGAUUCCUGCCACAGAGGGACAGACAGUAACACUGAUGUGCAGCAGCAGCUGUCCUCUGACUGAAAAGCCUGCAGCCUACAUCUGGUACAAGAACAGAGAGUUUCUCUAUGAGGACUGGUCUCCCUGGUACCAAGAGCUGCUCAGCAGUGAGGAAGCAGUCACAUACUCCUGUGCUGUCAAAGGCUACGAGCAUCUCAGAGCCCCUGAAGUCUCUGUGGAUUCUAUCACACAGAUAUGCUUCAGUGUCACUUAUGCUUAUGGAAACAUGUGUUCUUAUAAUCAGACAUCAGUGGAUGAGCCGUGCUCCAUCACAUACCCUAGAGAGGUUUAUGUUCAGAGAGCUUCUUCCACCUUGGGAUUUGUCACACUGACCUGUAACAACAGCUGUAAUCUGACUGACCAUCAAGCUGUCUACAUGUGGUAUCACAACAAAAUAAACUAUCAUGAGAAUCAACAUUUUUCAACUCAUAACUCUUCAACAGACACAUUCUCUUGUGGAGUUAAAGGUCACACACAUCUUCAAUCUAAAAAAGUUUGUGUUCAGGAUAAAAACUGCUGGAGAGUGAAUUAUGUCAGCAGGAGAAUCUGUGCUCUGGAAGGAUCUUCAGUGAACAUCACAAGUGAAUACUCACAUCCUGAUAACAUGAAGCCAGAGUUUAAAUGUUGGAGUAAAAAAUGGAGAAAAGAUAAAGUGGAAGUUGAAGAGCUGAUUGAGGCUGCAGGUGGUGUGGAGUAUCAGGACAACAUGAAGAACCAACACAUCCUGACCAUCAACAACCUGAAGAAGAAUGACUCAGGAGGAUACACAUUCAGAUUCAACAAAGAUCAUGAAGGAUGGACACAGUCUGAUUUGCCUGGAGUCUUUUUGAUUGUCACAGAGCUGAGAGUGAAGAUGAGUCCUUCUGCAGUGGUGACAGAGGGUCAGAGAGUCACACUGACCUGCAGCACCAGAUUCGACCUCUGA